GGCUGGUGGUGAUGCAGAGCUCACCAGCCCCGGUUGCAAGGUGGGACACGGCCAACAUGAUCACGACCUACCACGAGCCAACACAUUCGGACUUUAGGGAGAAGAAGAGCACGAUGGUCUGAGAGACUCUGCAGACUCACCUUUGUAUAUACCUGACUCUUUUUUUUUUUUUUUUACGUAUGUUUCUUUUUACUUGCCUCCUCUCUGAGACAAUGCUAGGAUUUGACCUACGCCGAACCAGUCUUGCACGGUUCAUGAACAGACGGGCCUCUGCUAACUGCCGCUACCAGCCCACCUGCUAUGAGCAUGCUGCAAACUGCUACACCCAUGCACUCCUCAUCGUGCCGGCCUUCGUGGGCAUGGCGUUUUUGCACCGUCUGUCGGACAACGGCUGGGAGAAGAUCACUGCCUGGGUGUACGGCAUGGGCCUGUGCGCCCUCUUCCUGGUCUCCACUGUGUUCCAUAUCAUCACCUGGAAGAAGAGCCACAUGAGGUCUGUGGAACAGUGUUUUCACAUGUGCGACAGAGUGGUCAUCUAUUUCUUCAUUGCUGCCUCCUACACACCCUGGUUGAACCUGCGUGAAUUGGGCCCUCUCGCAGCACACAUGCGAUGGUUUGUGUGGCUCAUGGCUGCUGCUGGAACCGUAUACGUCUUCAACUACCAUGAAAAGUAUAAAGUGGUUGAGCUGGCCUUCUACUUGAUGAUGGGUUUCUUCCCUGCAUCAGUUGUGACAUCUAUGAGCAACACGGAGGGCCUUCAGGAGCUGGCCUGCGGCGGACUCAUCUACUGCCUCGGCGUGUUCUUCUUCAAGAGCGACGGCGUCAUCCCCUUCGCCCAUGCCAUCUGGCACGUGUUCGUGGCGCUGGCUGCGGCCGUGCACUACUAUGCCAUCUGGAAAUACCUCUACAAGACCCCCGGCACUGACCUCCACCUUCAGUCGUGACCACAGCCGGGGGCUGGACGCCUGUUCUCCAUCUUUUCCCCCCGUUUGCUUCUGAAGAAGGCGCCUGCACUCUACUGCCCACUGAAGCUGCGACCACAGCCGUGAAGUUUACGAAACAAAUGACCAUGAAUUGUUUACUGUUUUCUAACAUGGAGAACAGAUUUCUGAGCAUUUUCCUGACACACAAAAGCUACUUUCAAAGCUGUUUUGUAAAACUUCAACGACAAACAGGUCAACGGGGGGGUGAAUUUUGACUUUUUACAAUGAGUGUUUGAGCAAUUUGGUAGCAGACUUUUGUAUCGCUUGAGUCACAUUCCACAUCGGGGUCAUUUGUGUGUUGUAACUGGGAGAUUUCUCAUUAUUUGAACAAUAGGAGUAUCCAGUGAGGUGCUACAGAUCAAGCAGGGCUGGGGUAUCAUUUGGUUUGGAACUAAAACCAAAUGCAUUGUUGUAAGUGGGUUUCUCUGUUUUGUUUUCAUUAAAAAAAGAAACCAAAGAUCGCAAAUAUUAUCAGAACACGCAGCUAUAUUAGAAAUUUGCCACAGGGCAAUAUUUUUAGGGCAAGAUUAGAGUAAAAUAAGGAACUCUCGGUACAAAAGCGCAUAAAUCUGACCACAUAUGCCAACCUUUCAUAAAGUAUUGAGGUGUUCUACCCAUCCCUUUUUAUUAGUGAACACAGGAAGGAACAACAGAAAUAAGUUCUUGACGGUUUUCCAUUUUCUUUGUACAGUAAUCCACAUCACCAACUUUUGUGACCAAUGUGUUUUAUUUUUUUCUGGCCAGUGUCCAAAUGCAGUUUUUAGGGACUCACAGUUUCUAAGUGUUUAGCACCCUCUGCUGGUGAUGAACAGCAUUGCAGGGUGUGAAGUAGGGGACACGGGAGGUGGGAUUUUGUUAAAUGAGCCAAAUGAUGAGAGAAAAUCAGUUCAGGUAAUAUGAUGAGAACUUUUCCACUUUCUUAUUAAUGUGAACAGUGCGAUGGAGUGUGCAUGCAUGCCCUUUGUACUGUAGUCCAGUAUUACCUUUCCACUGAUUCUCUGUUUUGAUUUUGCACCACUAAUACAAACGGUAUUUCCUGUCUGUAUUCUGUAGCGGGUUCGAUAAGUAGAGAAACCUCUUGUUCCUUUUACUUUCAUGAUGUCGGGUUGUGUAACUGUUGGCUCCAGACUCCUAACAUUACCUUUCCUUAGUGAGCGGAAUGAUUUCUCAUGUUGAAAAUAUAUCCUUAACCACUGUUGUUUUGUAAUGUUUGUAUAUUCUGUUGUUUUUGUUCUGUUGAUUAUAUGAUCCUGGCCUUCGACAGGGGGGAAAAAGCUGCUUCUUGUCUGUUCCAUUGGCUGUUAAUGGUGCUUCAUAUCCAUGAAUGAUCCUCCUCUGUCCUGAGAAUCACCUUUCUAAUGUGACAAUAAAAAAUGAUAAUGCCCCAG